GCUGCAUAAUCGCCAUUUUCUAUUCUCAUCAAACUUCCGGCGUGAAAGGGACCACAAGACAAACGAUAAGAUCACCAGAAAAUGGGACGUAGAAAGAAGGCAAAUAAGCCCCCUCCCAAACGGAAGAUAUUAGAGAAGUUGGAUACCAUGUUUAACUGCCCAUUUUGUAAUCACGAAAAGUCCUGUGAAGUGAAUUUAGACCGAGCAAGGAAUGUGGGAGUUAUAACUUGCAAUGUUUGUCUUGAAGAUUUUCAGACCACAAUUAAUUAUCUUUCAGAGGCAGUUGAUGUGUACAGUGAUUGGAUUGAUGCAUGUGAACAGGCCAACCAAUAGCAUAGACUCUCAUCACAAAUACAAUUUGUGAUGAGGCUUUUUUUUAUUUCCACAUUCUACUCAGUAGACACAUGGUAAUGUCAUUUGCUUCUUUUCAUGAAAUUGGAAGGAGCCUGGAGCUAGUCACUGAGAAUCUUAUCUUCACAAUAUGGAAGAUUGGAAGACCUGACAGUGUUUACACACCAUGUUUACUAAAACAGUGCAACAUGUAUCCAAGUUGGAGCCUGUUGUAUGUAGGACUAGAACACGGGGUCUAAAGUUAUUAUUCUCACUCAUUUUGGGUCAAAAUUUUAUUAUUUCAAGGAGUACAUGAAAGUCAUCAAAAUGAUGUUCUGUUUAUCCAUUAACAGUACUCUUUGCAAUCUUGUUAUUUUUUCAUUGAAUUGAUGAUGAAAAGCAGUUUAAGCAAUGAAUCCAAUCACUUUUGAAGUCUCGCCUUGUCAUCUUUUCAGUGUCAUUAAAGUUUCUAUGUAUAAAA